AUGACGACGGGGAGCGGCGCGCGAGGAACGACGGGAGCCGCGCAGUUCCUGGCUGAUUGGCUAGCCGCCCUCGUCUCCAUGGCGACCAGGAGCGGCGCGGGGAACGACGGGGAACCAGCGAGAAGUGGUGGAGGGCACCUCCAGAGCCGCGCCUGCAUGCGCUGCCCCCACUACUGCCAUGCUGUGACCCAGCGACUCCUGCGCAGAGGGGCGCGUGUGCCCCCCUCUCCAGCUCCACGGCAGUCGUUCGAGCCUCAGUUUCCACCUCUGAACUACGGGGAUGAUUACCCCCGGUUGGAGAGGGGAAACCGCGAGUCGGGAGGAGGCGGGAACGGAGGACGGGAUCGGGGGGAGAACGGAGAACGGGGUCCGGGGGGCGCGGGCGGGAACGGGGAGACGAGGCCCGGGCGAAAUCGAAGGGAUGGGGCCCUGGGGCGCGUGCGGGAUCGGGGGGAACGGGAGAGCGGCGGGAAGCGGCGGAACGGGGCCCGGGGGCGCGGCGGGGACGGGGGCUACGGGGCCCGGGGACGCGGGCACUGGUGUCAUCACACGGUGACCCGGACGGUGUCCUGUCAGGUGCAGAAUGGCUCCGAGACGGUGGUCCAGCGCGUGUACCAGAGUUGCCGGUGGCCAGGGCCCUGCGCUAACCUCGUGAGGACCCUCAUCCGACCCACGUACAGGACGUCCUACCGCACGGUGACCGCGCUGGAGUGGCGAUGCUGCCCCGGGUUUACGGGGGUCAACUGUGAGGAGGAAUGUAUGAACUGCACCCGGCUCAGUGACAUGAGCGAGCGGCUGACCACACUGGAGGCCAAGGUGCUCCUGCUGGAGACACCCGUGCAGCCCUCCAGCCCCGACAACCACCUGCCGGCCCCCCGCAGCAGCCCGCCACCCUGGAAUGAGGACCUCCUCCCGGACGCCAUUCCCCUCGCCCACCCCGGGCCCUGGAGGAGAAGACCCACCGGCCCCGAGGGUGAGCGGGGUGACCUCUUCCUCUUUCCAGGGCCUCCCGGGCCUGCAGGACCCCCAGGCUCCAAAGGUGAUCGGGGCCAGGCAGGAGAGAAGGGCCCCGCGGGGCCUCCAGGGCUCCUAGGACCCCCGGGGCCCCGAGGGCUUCCAGGAGAGAUGGGGCGCCCCGGCCCCCCAGGACCUCCCGGCCCAGCAGGCAGCCCUGGAGUUCUGCCCAGCAGCCCGCAAGGAGCCCUCUACUCCCUGCAGCCCCCCCCAGACAAAGACAACGGGGGCGCGCAGCUGGUACCUGCCAUUGUGGACACGGUGCUGACGGGCAUCCCAGGGCCCCGUGGGCCCCCCGGGCCUCCAGGUCCACCGGGCCCCCCAGGAGCUCCUGGACCACAGGGGGAGCCCAGCGCCAAGGCGGAUGAGGGGGACAAGGGCGGCGCUGCAGAGGGCGAGGGCGUGCAGCAGCUCCGGGAGGCUCUGAAGAUCCUGGCGGAGCGGGUGCUCAUCCUGGAGCACAUGAUCGGCGUCCACGACCCCCUGGCCUCCCCGGAAGGCGGCUCUGGCCAGGACGCGGCCCUCAGAGCCAACCUCAAGAUGAAGCGGGGCGGCGGCCUGGCGGGACUGCUGGGCCCUGACCCUGGGCCGGGCAGCGCCCGGCCGGGCCGGCGGUGA